AUGACAAAGUCCCAGUUGUCCUACAAAACGACACCGUCUUCCACCAAAGAAAGGAAUCUAUUUAUUUGCCGUUUCAACGUUCAAAAGGCCCCCCCCACACCACACCACAACCCUCUGCUGUGCUCUCUCCGCUCCAAUUCGUGCAGUGACUUUGAUCGAACACUUGGAUCGCAUUCUCUCCUCGAUCGAUUCGCCUUAGGGUCAGAGAGAUCGGAGAGGAGAGGCUGUAUGGCGAGUAGAGUAGACCACGAGUACGACUAUCUGUUCAAGAUCGUGUUGAUCGGUGACUCUGGUGUGGGCAAAUCUAACAUUCUCUCUAGGUUUACCAGAAAUGAGUUCUGCUUGGAAUCUAAGUCAACUAUCGGCGUCGAGUUCGCUACCAGAACUCUCCAGGUUGAAGGAAAGACUGUGAAGGCACAGAUCUGGGAUACAGCAGGUCAGGAGCGAUACCGUGCUAUCACCAGUGCUUACUAUAGAGGGGCAGUGGGUGCUCUCCUUGUCUAUGACAUAACUAAGCGGCCAACUUUUGAAAAUGUCCAAAGGUGGCUCCGUGAAUUGAGGGACCAUGCAGAUUCGAACAUUGUUAUCAUGAUGACAGGAAACAAGUCUGACUUGAACCAUCUUAGAUCUGUUUCAGAGGAUGAUGGUCAGACCUUGGCUGAGAGGGAAGGUCUCUCAUUUCUCGAGACAUCGGCAUUGGAAGCAACCAAUGUUGAGAAGGCAUUUCAAACUAUUCUUACCGAGAUCUACCAUAUUGUAAGCAAAAAAGCACUGGCAGCUCAGGAAGCAGUCUCGACUACCCUGCCUGGUCAAGGAACCACUAUCAAUGUUAGUGAUGCUUCUGGGAACAAUAACAAGAGAGGCUGCUGCUCUACAUAA